AUGUGGAAAUUGUGUUUCUACGUAACAUUGUGUAAUGCUGUAAAUUAUUUCGAUCGAAUCGAAGAGAUGUUACGCACAGCUAGGAGAACGUUUGAGCAACCAAAUUAUAACGAAAGCUUCUUUUCUUCUUUGGAAAACUAUGAAGUGAAUGCUAAACUGGUUACCGAGGUAGACUACCCUUGGAUAGCGCGCGUAGUCCAUUCCACUAGUGAUGAGCUACCCCACAUAUGCACUGCUGUUUGCAUCGAAGAUAGAAUAUUCAUUACGGCUGCACGAUGCAUAUUUAGUUUGAAACCACAAUACACCCGGAUCAUAUACAAUUUACAUAAUCUAAAACCGAUAGCCUUUGUGAUUCCUCGCAACGGUUCGAAGCAAGCUUUCGACGACAUCGGCUUUAUAACAGUACAAGAUUAUGAUAACAUUAUUUGGAAUGUAAUUCAACCGUUACAAGGAAUAAAUAGAACGGACGAAAUGUUUGAUUGGUUUGUUAAUAUAGAACAGUCGUACGGACCUAUCGAGUAUCGGGUUGUCGGAUAUACAAGUCCAAAGGGCAUCCAUACAAUAAAGACCGUGGAUAGGAUUUACAGUCUCACAGAAUUGGAUGUCGUUUCUAACAUGGACUUGUGUUCGAAUAUUAUGACCUAUUUUGAUAAGAUCAAAGGGUUCAAAGUGCCCUGUUACCAUUCCUGCGAUCUACCAGAAUUCAUCGAGAAAAAUAAAAGGUGUGAAAACUAUCAUGGCGUCGAAGGGGGCGCCGUAUUCGACAAGAAGAAGAAUCAAUUAAUCGGUGUUGCCACAUGGGGAGCGUAUUAUUCUAAAUACGAAUUACCGGUCGGAUACUCUGUGGCGAAUUCGGAUAACUUCUACGCGGACUACAUGUGCGCUAAAAGGAUUAAAAUGGAUAAUGAUAUGUUGGUCACGAACGGACAUUACCAGCACAUUUGUGAUUUUUUCUGAAUCAUUAAAAUGCAUAAAAUACAAUAAAUGCUCUUUAUUUUUUUGCUUCAAAUUUA